AGCUUACCUACAUGAACUCCACGAACCUUCCCCGAAUUCGACUCCCCAAUUUCCAGAUUUCCACUCAAUCUGUUCCCAUUUUGAAGUUUUUGUAUCAAUCCAUCUCCAAUUUCAAACAAACCCUGUUCAUCCCCCUUUCAAUUUCUUAUCGAGUCUUCUCUUCAUUCAGUUGCUGACCAUAUCUUGACGAGCUCACCCCCAAUUUCUCCCGACAGUUUUUAUUCGUAUCUCCAAGAACCCGUGAAGACUAGAGUUCAUGGGUGGCAAAAGUUCAAAGAGAUCAGUUUCAAGUAGAUAUGCAUCAUAUGGCUCGGCUUCAAGUUCGUAUGGCUAUCCACAAUCAUCAUAUCCUCAACCUCCCGUGAGCCAACCGUAUGCUUCCCCUUUUCCAUAUCAAAGCUAUCCCAAUCAAGCUCCCGAUACUAAGAGGAGGCUCGAGAGAAAAUAUUCAAGAAUUGAAGAUGACUACAACAACCUAGAGCAGGUUACUGAUGCCCUAGCACGUGCCGGUUUGGAGUCCUCAAAUUUGAUCGUUGGUGUUGACUUCACCAAGAGCAAUGAGUGGACAGGUGCAAGAUCGUUUCAUCGAAGAAGCUUGCAUCACAUUGGAGACGAUAUGAAUCCUUAUGAAGAAGCGAUAUCGAUAAUUGGGAGGACACUAGCUUCCUUCGAUGAAGAUAACUUAAUUCCUUGUUUUGGAUUCGGAGACGCUUCGACACAUGACCAAGAAGUCUUUAGUUUCCUUCCGGAUGACAAGUUUUGCGAAGGAUUUGAGGAGGUUUUGAGACGAUAUCGGGAAUUAGUACCUCAACUGCGGCUUGCAGGACCUACCUCGUUUGCCCCUAUUAUCGAAAUGGCCAUCACUAUUGUUGAGCAAAGUGGUGGUCAGUAUCACGUCUUAUUGAUAAUAGCUGAUGGACAGGUCACGAGAAGCGUUGACACUGAACGUGGCCAGCUAAGUCAACAGGAAAGGAAAACCGUCGAGGCAAUUGUGAAAGCUAGUGAGUACCCGUUGUCGAUAAUUCUAGUCGGGGUUGGAGAUGGACCAUGGGACAUGAUGAGGGAAUUUGACGAUAAUAUCCCUGCUCGAUCUUUUGACAAUUUUCAGUUUGUGAAUUUUACAGAAUUGAUGUCGAAGAAUAUCGAUCGGUCUAGGAAGGAAGCUGAGUUUGCUCUUUCCGCCUUGAUGGAAAUACCUUCGCAAUAUAAGGCAACGUUGGAGCUCAACAUAUUAGGUGCUCGUAGAGGGAAAGCCAUAGAUCGGAUAUCUCUUCCGCCACCUUGUUAUGGUUCGGCAUCAUCAGGUGCACCGAAGCCAUUAGGAACCUCUAGCUUUCAACCAACCGCAAGGUCGACCCAGGGAAGGCCAGCGUCGGUCAACACAAGUUACCCCGGAGGUUCCACUUCCGAUAACCAACUUUGCCCUAUUUGCAUAACCGACCCGAAGGAUAUGGCCUUUGGCUGUGGCCACCAGACAUGUUGUGAAUGCGGCAAAGAUCUUCAGCUAUGUCCUAUAUGUCGGGAUCACAUAGAAACGAGGAUUAAGCUUUACUAAGCCGGAUAUGAUGUACGAUACGAGUUCGUUUCAAGCGCUCAUCUUGAUCGUAUUUGGUUUUUUAGUUAUGUACAUAUUUAUUCUUUUGUGAUGAACUCGAAAACCGACUUAUGGGUAGCAGAAACUUUGAGCUUC